AAAGGUGGAGAAAAUAAAUAAAGGGGGAGAAAGAGAGGUUGGGCUUGGAUUGUAGAGAGGGAGGGGAGACGAGAAGAAAGCGUAGAAAUGGCAGAGGAAGAAGUAAAGAACAAGCAGGUGAUAUUCAGAGACUACAUCACCGGUUUACCAAAAGAGUCUGAUAUGCAUAUGACCACGGACAAGAUUAUUAGCUUGAAGCUCCCAAAAGGCUCAAAUGGAGUUCUGUUGAAGAACCUCUACUUGUCAUGCGAUCCUUACAUGCAAAUUCUCAUGAAAACAAUUGAGGGUCCUAGCGUCUUCACUUCCUAUACCCCUGGUUCUGUAAUAAUGGGUCAUGGAGUAGCUAAGGUUAUAGAUUCAGGUCACCCAAACAUCAAGAAGGGUGAUUUUGUUUGGGGAACAAUCGGAUGGGAAGAGUACAGUCUCAUUACAACCCCUGAAGCUCUUUUUAAAAUCGAUCAUACUGAUGUACCCCUGUCAUAUUAUACAGGAAUUCUUGGUACGCCUGGUUUGACUGCUUAUGUUGGUUUUCAUGAGGUUUGCACUCCAAAGAAAGGAGAAUAUGUCUUCGUAUCUGCAGCAUCAGGUGCAGUUGGUCAACUUGUUGGACAGUUUGCUAAGUUGAUGGGUUGCUAUGUUGUUGGAAGUGCUGGAACUCAAGAAAAGGUUGAUCUGUUGAAGAAAUUAGGAUUUGAUGAGGCUUUUAAUUACAAGGAAGAGCAUGACUUGGAUGCAGCUUUGAAAAGGUAUUUUCCUCAAGGCAUUGACAUUUACUUUGAGAAUGUUGGAGGGAAGAUGUUGGAUGCUGUACUUCUCAAUAUGAGGAAUUAUGGUCGCAUUGCUAUUUGCGGAAUGGUAUCCCAAUACAAUCUUGAGGAACCAGAAGGAGUAAAGAACUUGAUGCAACUACUUUACAAGCGUGUUCGCAUGGAAGGAUUUGUGGUUUUCGAUUACCAUCCCCAUUAUUCCAAGUUCUUGGCCAGUGUGCUUCCCUAUAUCAGAGAAGGAAAAAUCACAUAUGUUGAAGAUAUUGUUGAAGGCCUUGAGAAUGGACCUUCAGCCCUUGUAAGACUUUUCAGAGGGCGCAAUGUUGGGAAACAAUUAGUUGUAGUUGCUCAUGAAUGAUUUUGAAUUCACGCCCUCAUUCUCAAUAUUUUGCUACUGUUGUAUUAUGUUUAAUAGCAUUACUGUGUUUGUGACCUCCUCAUAAGCUGGAUGGUUAUGAAGGAGGCAAGUUUUAAUUAAGAUUUAGAAUCACAUGGAAUGCCCAUGCUAGUUGUGUUGUAUGAUCUAAAUUAAGAAAUAUUGUAUGUUGUUUAACUACAUGUAAGUAAUUUGAUUUUUGGUUGAGCGUA